AACUACAAUGGUGUGGAAAUGCUGUGUGCCAGGGUGCACAUCAUCUGCAAAAGUUCCUGCUCACAUGUUGCCACGAGAUGAAAUAAAGGCUCAGGCAUGGUUGAGAGCAAUCGGAAGAAGUGAUGUAAUUGAUGCAACAAAAGAAGCAAAGGACAAAUUAAGAAUUUGCUCCUUACAUUUUUCUAAAAGUAUGAUAAUACCUUAUGGGCAGAAGCGGCGUCUUAAGGACACUGCAAUGCCUACAUUGUAUUUAUCAUGUGCAAAUAUUGCAGCAGAUAUUCCCAGUACUAGUUCUGCUGAUAUUGGUAGUAUUACUACAUUACAAACUUCAGAAAAUGUUGAAGUGAAUUCUGAUGUUGCCGCAGCUUCCGCAGAAUCAUGCGAAAUGGUACAGCCGGUACAGCUAAUUGUGAACAUCAAUAAAGUUCAUAUGACGGAUGUUUGUAAAUUGCGUAAUAAACUCAGACGUUAUCAAAAGCGACUAUAUAACACAAAAAAGAAUUCGUAUUUAUCGCAAAAAUAUAAAAAACCUACAAGAGCACAAU